AAUGGAUCAUGUGAAAAAUAAAACACCCGUUGCAAAACGACUAGCUGCAAGACCAACUGGGAUUUUAAACAAUACUGAGAUACCGAUGCCUGGUGUGACUGGCGUGGCAAUACCCGGGCCAGAGACAAGAACAGCUCCUGCAAAGGUGGCAGUACCAAGGUCAAGUAUCAUCACUAAAGAGAAAAGUUAUCAGCCUAGGUCAGCCAAAGAUAAAUCUAUCCAGGUAUCUCUUGAUAAUCAAAUAAUUUUACAUGAAAGAAAUACAGCACUAGAGAAAGAGGUCUUGCAACUAAAAUCUGACUUGAAGGACAAGGAGUCGGCCAUAUCCAGCUGUAACAAGUUGAUACAGGACAAGAAUUUGGAAUGCGUUCAGUUGGUUGAAGCUGAAAGACAACUCCACGUUGAAACCAAAGACAAACUGAGGGAAACAGAAAGGUUAGCGCAAGAGAGGAUAAAACUGUAUCACGACUGCACAAGAAGUUAUGAAAAAUCUAUCGAAGAGCUAAAACAUGAGCAUGAAGUUACUGUUGCAGCGUUUAAGGAAAGAAAUGGAUCAGAAAUAUACAGCAGGGACGAAAAGAUCCGCAAAUUGAAACAACAAAUUUCAGAUAUUCAUCAAGAAAAAUCACGGGAGCGUCAGCAACAGCUUGAAGAACUCAGGAAAGAGUUGAACAGACUGACAGAAGAGGCUAACAACCUAAAGAGAAGACUGAAGACAGAACAAGUUCCCAAAAUGGAAUGUAAAAACUGCAAGUUUUUGACCUUAAGACUAGAAGAAAAAAACUCACAGCUUCUACUGAAAGACAGGACCAUAGAAGAACUACAGAGCCUUUGCAAGAGAUUUGGGAAACAGCUGACACAGCAAGAUAAGCUACUAAGAAUGUCAGAUGAGAGGGACAUGUCAUCUGAACUGAAUAAGGUGUAAAAACGUAUAACUGAAAGCCAGUGAACUAAUAGUAAUGUUGUAUGUAUUAUUCACAUACCAGCCUUUUAUACAGAUAACUGUCGAAAAAAGGAAUGUUAUACAGUACUCAAGUGUUGUUUCAUUAGAAAGCAAAACCUACUGAAUGUUCAGUUUAUUUACAUUGUUAAAAAAGAACUGGCUGCAGGGUAAUGUUCUAUUGUCCCCAAAGAAGCAAAACUCAAAUAUAUGUUAAAAACAGAAUUUAUUUUUUUGCUUGCAUAUAUACAUUUUAUGCCACUAUUGGCCAUUUUGUAACAGGUUUCCUGCUUGAGUGCCAAGGCCAAGACUAUACUGUAACACCAGUAAAAUGUACACGUCUUCAUUGACAUGUUAGUUUUAUGAAAUGUGGUACUAUUUUCUGCAAGCAUUGAUGUGACAUAAAAACAAUUUAGAAUUGUCUAACAAACAAUGGGGCAAUUUCCAUGGAAAAUGAAAAACAAGUCUCACCUUUUUUUUACUCUUUUUUGGUAGCACUUUCGGGG